UUUGGACCACAGCAGAGAAAGCAUCAACGUUUCUAGGAAAACGUUUAAUCCAAAGAAAAAAAAAACUUCGUAAAACCCUUUGAUUAAAAUUUUUAGACUCGUAAAAGUGAUUGGACAAGUUGAGUUUGUCUCAUAACUUACAGAAUUAUAUUAAUUUUAACCAAAAAUCAUCAUCUUUUGAUUUAAUCAUGACUGAAGCCGCUGAUACCUCAGUUCAGAAUGUGGAAGUUGUCGUAAAGGGAGACCCAAUUCCCGCUGGAAAAUACACAAUUCUCGCCUGUGAUAUCGACACAACUGGAAAACGCUUGAUUGAUGAGAUUGUCCACAUUGCGACUUAUUGCCCAAAAGAGCAAUUCUCGCAAUAUGUGAUCCCCUUGAUGAAUCUCAACCCGGCUGCCCGGCAACGUCACCAGAUCCGCAUCGUGACAAGUCGCUUCUUCCGUAUGUUGAAGGACUUGCACACGUACAAAAUUAUCAAGACAAAGUCGGAGGUUGCUGCGUUAAAUGACUUUUUGGCGCAUCUGGAAAAGUCGAAACAGGAAGAUGGCGACUCGAAAGGCGUGAUUUUGUUGUUCCACGAGAGUCGCAAGUUCUUCCCUUACAUGUUGAUUCAAGCUUUGAAGAAAUACAAUUUAUUGGACCGUUUCUUCGAGACAGUCAAGUCGUUCGUCAACACACACAGCAUCGCGGUCGAGAAACAUGGCAGCUCGAUGAAAUAUUUCUCGUUAAAAGAGGUGACCAAAGCCCUGUUAAACGUCGAGGACAAGGACGAGUUUGAGGGAAAUGCCGCACAUCGUUGCAAAAUGACGUAUGCCCUCGCGAAACACUUGGCACGUGGCGAUUCGACGGAAGAAAUGGACGACGAGACGUCCAUGAAGAAGCUGAUGGAGUUCUGUUGCGAAUACGGAUGCACCACGGACCAGGAAAUGAAGGAAUUGGACGAGCAGGAGAAAAUUGUGUUGCGCCAGAACACUUUGCGUCCCAUUUUCCUCGAAUAUUUCCGCACGACGUUGUACCAUCGGGUCCGUGCCGUCACCUAUCGUCGUGUUCUCGCCGAAAAUGGGCACGAGCUGACGUCGUUGCACAAAUUGUGGGAAGAGGAAAAGCGCGAGGGACUCAACAAAUGCCUCGAAGCGUGCACCGACCUCAAGGAACGUGAUCGCGAAGAGCUCGUGGAAAUUCUCGAUCAUCACUUUGACCCGGAGAAGGAUGCCUAUCGUCCAAUUGUGCGUCGUCGCAGCAGCACGGGCAAUCCGCGUUCCAGUCCACGGCGUCGCAGCAAGAGUGUUUCGUCCAAAAAUGGUGGCAGCAACAAUAAUAACAACAACAACAACCCUGCCAAGGGCAUGGAUAAGAACGGCAACAACACAAGUCCCUCGAAGAAAAAGUUCUUCCGCAAUAAUCGCAACCGGAACAAUCGCGUCAACCGCAUGACUGCCUAACUUUGGUUCGCCGCCGCUUCAAACCAUUGCACCACAAUUCCGAACAUUCCAACAUAAAGUAGCUUAAAAUUCGAGAAAUAAUAUGAAAUAAUCGCGCAACUCAUUUUGAGAAAGAAAGCAAACAAAAUUCGUUUAAGUUCACCAUUUGAAGUGUGAAUCUCAAAAAAAAACUCAAGAUGAGUUCGUUAAUUAAUUAAUUUUUGAUUUGAAGAAAUAUUAUUUAUGAAGUAAUUUAGAUUUAGAUUUAGAAGUUAGAGAACUGAUGUUCAACAAAAAAGAGAGAUAAUGGAAAUUGUUGGAAUAGUUUCCGGAAUCGAAGAAAAUUCGUUUUUAUACUAAAAUGUUUGUCUAUGAACAAGAUUGAGAAAAAAUAAACUUAAAAGAUUGAUUCAAAAAAAAAA